GAUGGCAUGUCUGAGAAACUGUUUACAGUAGUCUGCAGAAAUUAUGCCUUGGAAAAUUUUUGUGAUGCAAGUCAUUACUCUCCAGAACUACAAUUCCCAAUUUUCUUGGCACAGCAAACCCCCUCCUGUUUAUCAAAAUCUUGAUUUUCCGGUGCCGGAAAAAGCUUAAAGUUUAGCAACAUCAGAAACCUUUCAAGUUUCUACAACGACAAUGCAUUCAUGUCUCUUGUGUGCUUUUCUCAUCUUUCUCCUUUCCUUUUUGUUGUCAUCUCUUUCCAUCCCAUUUUACCCCUCAAACAGUUUAAGCCUUUUUGGAGAUGCCCAGUUUUCAAACAAUUCCAUUACUCUGACCCAAGAAACUAGUUGCUUGUCUUCUUCAAAUUCUUCAAAUGGGAUUGGAAGGGCUUUUUAUGAUUACCCAGUAAGGUUUCUUGAUAUUUCAAGUAAUGUUACUGCAUCUUUUUCCUGUAAAUUUUCAUUUACAAUCACCUCUUCUUCGCCUUCUUGUCCACUUGGUGAUGGCAUUGCAUUUUUCAUCACUUCGAAUUCUGGGUUUUUUAGUGUCUCUAAUGGCUACAUGGGUCUUCCUAAUGAGGUUUCUGAUCCUCAAGAUUCGUAUAUUGCUGUUGAAUUUGAUACAAAUUAUGACCCUUCUCUCGGAGAUAUUAAUGGGAAUCACAUUGGGAUUGAUGCCAAUACAAUUCUUUCACUUGAUUCUGUUGAUGUCACUUCACUAGGUUUUGAUCUUAAGAGUGGCAAAAAAAUGACUGCUUGGAUUGAGUAUAGAGAUUCCUCAAAGAAAAUUAAGGUUUGGCUUGGGGAAGACUAUGAGGCUAGGCCUCCCGCUCCUGUUCUUGAAUCUGAAAUUGAUCUUUCCAAGCACUUGAAGGAGUUUAUGCAUGUUGGUUUUUCGGCAUCUAAUGGGAGAGGUUCAGCUGUUCAUGUUGUUGAUCAAUGGAGAUUUAAGACUUCCGGGGUUGCCCCUUCGACGUUGCCAGUGGAAACGGUUCAAGAAGAGGAGUGUUUGGUUUGUUGGCCAGGAGACACUGGUGAAGAUGAUCAAGUCUCUGAUUUCCGUCGUAGAGAUAAAAGGGAAGUUCGACUUGCACUUGGGUUGGGAGGUUUAGCUCUAUUUGUUAUAUUUGUGCUUGGGAUUCUUUGUUUCUAUUAUGUUUUUGUGUUAAGGAGGAAAGGGAUGAUUCCUGGAGAGUGUAAUGAAGGUCAAAGUAGUAGAUUUCAGGGAAGUAAAGUACCUAGAAGAUUGUCACUGAGUGAAAUUAGAUCAGCCACUAGGGGUUUUAAUCAAAACAAAAUUAUUGGAGAAGGAGCAUCAGCAGUUGUUUAUGAAGGGGCUCUUCCUUCCUGUGGAACUGUGGCAGUUAAAAGGUUUAGUGAGGUUAAACAAAAGGGUAAUUUGCGUAAUCCGUUCAGUAAUGAGUUUGGCACAAUGGCAGGAUGUUUAAGGCAUAAGAAUUUAGUUCAGCUGCAAGGAUGGUGUUGUGAGAAGAAUGAGUUAGUUUUAGUUUAUGAAUACAUGCCAAAUGGAAGCCUUGACAGGAUCCUCCACUUGCGUACCCAUGCCACAAAACUUCUUACAUGGGAGCGAAGGCUGAAUAUAAUUCUUGGUGUCGCUUCUGCUCUUGUAUAUUUACAUGAGGACUGUGAGAGGCUGAUAAUCCAUAGAGAUGUGAAGACUUGUAACAUAAUGCUUGAUGCUGACUUGAAUGCCAAGCUUGGAGACUUUGGUUUAGCAGAAGUUUACGAGCAUAGUUGUCGAACAAGAGACGCCACUUUACCAGCUGGCACUAUGGGAUAUCUUGCUCCUGAGUAUGUUUACUCUGGUGUUCCAACAGUAAAAACAGAUGUUUACAGCUUCGGUGUGGUGGUUCUUGAGGUAGUGUCGGGGAGGAGACCCGUGGAUGAUAAUGGAGUUGUGUUAGCUGAUUGGGUGUGGGAUUUGUGGGAGAAGGGAACUGUAGGUGAGGCUGUGGAUCAUAAAUUGAUUGGGCGUUAUAAUAAGGUGGAGAUGGAGAGGGUGCUUGUGGUAGGACUUUCGUGUGUGCAUCCAAAUUCUAAGAAGAGGCCUACGGUGAAGGAAGCUGCACGGAUGAUGAAAGGCGAAAUGCCACUUCCCAAUUUACCAGCAAAGAAGCCAACAGUGAAAAUUCAAUCUGUUUUGCCAAAGCAAAGUGAAGAAUUACUGAGGUUUGGUCAUGAUGAGGUGAAUGACACACCAUGGGCAACUCCUAAAACUCAUUUUAGCAGGUUCUGAAUAGAGAAGAUGGCUGGCUUAUUCUGCAGAUUGUAAGACUUAGUGUGGUUGCAUUCACUUCUUUUGCUGGCAUUCAGUAAAUUUUCCAGUUUUCAGGUGGUCACUUGUAAUAACUAGAGAGACAGUAUUUCAUAAGUUUCAUGUACAUUCAGAUUCUAACAGCAGCAGUUUAUGAAAUCAUUCUGGUGAAAUAUUUAUGCAGAAAUCUGCAACUACUUGAUUAUUGUUUGUC